AUGACGUCACCAUAUCCCUCCGCCGGCCCGGUCCUCUUUUUGUGUGUGUGUGUGUGUGUGUGUGUCUGUUGGUCCUUUCUGUGUGUAUCAACCCGCAGCUUCUUUUUUUUCGGAAGGGGGGGCUAAAAUAUUUGGGGGGAGCUCAUGCAACCUGCCCUCCGCUCCCGGCCACUUCGCCCUGUAAGAGGCUGUGUGGGGUGCGUGUCACUUUAAGAGCGUGUGCGAGCGAGCCAAGCUCGGCUGAGGAGGCGGCGGCGGCGGCGGCGGGAGACGGAGCGAAAGGAUGGCAGACACCGACCUUUUUAUGGAAUGUGAGGAGGAGGAGCUGGAGCCAUGGCAGAAAAUCAGCGAUGUGAUUGAAGAUUCUGUUGUUGAAGAUUAUAAUUCAGUUGAUAAAACUGCUACGGUUUCAGUGAGUCUACAGCCUGUUUCUGCCCCUCUGCCGAUUGUUGCCCAUGCAUCCAUAGGAGGUAAUCUCUCUACAGCUACAUCGGUCAGUAGCAGUGGGGCUCAAAACAGUGACAGUGCUAAGAAGACACUAGUGACGCUGUUUGCAAACAACAAUGGACCCCUGCCUCAAUCAGUGCACAGGAACAAUGCUGCUGACCGAAUGGCUGGCAACCCUCUUGUUCAGCAGGGUGGACAGCCACUAAUCCUUACCCAGAACCCAACCUCGGGGCUAGGCACAAUGGUAACACAGCCAGUGUUACGACCUGUUCAGGUGAUGCAGAAUGCCAACCAUGUUACUAAUUCACCAGUGAGCAGCCAACCUAUCUUCAUUACAACACAGGGAUUUCCAGUAAGGAAUGUCCGGCCUGUACAAAACACAAUGAAUCAGGUUGGAAUUGUUCUGAACGUACAGCAAGGCCAAACGGUUAGACCCAUUACCCUAGUCCCAGCCCCAGGUACCCAGUUCGUUAAACCAACCGUUGGAGUUCCUCAGGUUUUCUCUCAAAUGGCCCAGGUGAGACCAGGUACAACCAUGCCAGUCCGACCCACUACCAACACUUUCACUACGGUCAUUCCGGCCACGCUUACCAUCAGAAGCACUGUACCACAGUCCCAGGCACAACAGCAAAGUAAGUCCACUCCCAGCACCUCCACAACUCCUACUUCAACGCAGCCAACAACACUUGGACAGUUAACUGUGCAGCAGCCAGGGCAAUCCAGUCAAGCUACUAACCCCAAAUUAGUGAGCAUUGCAAGCUUUGUGACUGUGAAGAGACCUGGAGUAACUGGAGAGAACAGCAACGAGGUUGCUAAGCUGGUGAACACACUGAAUACCAUUCCUUCAUUAGGCCAGAGCCCUGGUCCCCUUGUGGUUUCUAAUAGCAGCCCUGCACAUGGUUCCCAAAGAUCCAGUGUUUCAGAGUCGUCAUCCUCAUCGCUGAAAGUCAGCUCUUCUCCUGUCCCCACAUUUGAUUUACAAGAUGGUGGCCGGAAAGUCUGCCCAAGAUGCAAUGCCCAAUUUCGAGUGACUGAGGCUUUAAGAGGACAUAUGUGUUACUGCUGCCCUGAAAUGGUUGAAUUCCUCAAGAAAGGAAAAUCCCUGGAACCUGAAACAAAUAUUCAGCCUACAAAGCCUCCAUCUCCAGAAAAAACUGCAGCUGUUGCUUCACCGCCCUCCUCCACACCUAUCCCUGCAUUGUCUCCACCCGUUAAAGCUCCAGAGCAAAGUGAAAAUGCAGGUGACUCGUCCCAGAGCAAACUCAUCAUGUUGGUAGAUGAUUUCUACUAUGGCAGGGAUGGUGGCAAAGUGACUCAACUUUUGAACUUCCCCAAGGUUCCAACAUCCUUCCGGUGUCCACACUGCACCAAGAGGCUAAAGAACAACAUACGGUUUAUGAAUCAUAUGAAACACCAUGUUGAACUAGAUCAGCAGAAUGGGGAAGUAGAUGUCCAUACUAUUUGCCAGCACUGUUACAGGCAGUUCUCCACCCCCUUCCAGCUGCAGUGCCACUUAGAGAACGUUCAUAGUCCCUAUGAAUCAACCACGAAGUGCAAGAUUUGUGAAUGGGCAUUUGAGAGUGAGCCAAUGUUCUUGCAGCAUAUGAAGGAUACCCACAAGCCUGGAGAAAUGCCCUACGUUUGUCAGGUCUGUCAAUAUCGUUCGUCGCUUUACUCUGAAGUGGAUAGCCAUUUCCGAAUGAUCCACGAGGACACACGACACCUGCUCUGUCCUUAUUGCCUGAAAGUCUUUAAGAAUGGCAAUGCCUUCCAGCAGCAUUUCAUGAGGCAUCAGGUAACCCAAAAGAAGAGUGUUUAUCACUGUAACAAGUGUCGUCUGCAAUUCCUAUUUGCCAAGGAUAAAAUUGAACACAAGCUGCAGCACCACAAAACGUUCCGAAAGCCCAAACAGCUAGAAGGACUGAAACCUGGAACCAAGGUUACAAUUAGAGCAUCUAGAGGACAGCCGCGGACAGUGCCAGUAUCUUCGAAUGAUGCGCCACAGGGCACCUUGCAGGAAGCCACUUCACUGACGACUUCCUCGGACCCCCAGCCCAUCUUCCUGUACCCACCUGUCCAGAGGAACAUCCAGAAGAGAGCAGUCAAGAAAAUGAGUGUCCUGGGGAGGCAGACGUGCUUGGAGUGCAGCUUCGAAAUCCCAGAUUUCCCAAACCACUUUCCUACCUACGUCCACUGUUCGUUGUGUCGUUAUAGCACUUGCUGCUCCAGAGCAUAUGCCAACCAUAUGAUCAACAACCACGUUCCUCGGAAGAGUCCAAAAUACUUGGCCUUGUUUAAAAACUAUACUGCCUGCGGGGUAAAGUUGGCUUGUGCCUCCUGUCUUUUUGCAACAUCUGAAGGUGAUGCAAUGGCCAAGCAUCUGGUCUUCAACCCAUCACAUGAGUUCAGUAACAUCAUUUUCCGAGGGCCCACUUGGAUUUCACAUUCAAGGCACAGCCAGCCCCAUGACGGAAGCAUGAAGAAUAUAUACUCCACCUAUCCCCCAAGUAAAGCUGCUACUGUGAAAUCAAAGCCUUCGUUACCUGAGAAGGAUGAGUUGGAGCCUGAAGCCGUGUCAGAGGCAUAUAAGAGACCUGUAGUUAGUCAGGAGGAAGAGUGCUUAAAUAUUGAUGAUCAAGAAGAAGAACAGCCACCAAAAGAGCCCGAACCUGUAAGCAAAAAGGAACAACUGUCUGUGAAAAAGCUUCGUGUCGUAUUGUUUGCUUUGUGUUGCAACACUGAACAGGCAGCAGAGCACUUCAGGAAUCCUCAGAGGCGUAUCAGGCGCUGGCUGCGGAGGUUUCAAGCUUUCCAAGAAGACAACUUAGCAUCUUUGUCAGAGGGCAAGUACCUCAGCUUAGAGGCUGAAGAGAAACUAGCAGAGUGGGUCCUCACACAAAGAGAGCAGCAGCUGCCGGUGAAUGAGGAAACUCUCUUUCAGAAGGCAACCAAGAUUGGCCGGUCCCUUGAGGGGGGCUUCAAGAUCUCCUACGAAUGGGCAGUGAGGUUCAUGCUCAGGCACAACCUCAGCAUGCACACCCGCAGAGCGGUGGCUCACCCUCUUCCCAAAGACGUAGACGAAAAUGCCAGCUGCUUCAUUGAGUUUGUGCAGCGGCAGAUCCACACCCAGGACCUGCCGCUCUCUAUGAUCGCAGCCAUUGAUGAGAUCUCUCUUUUCCUUGAUGUGGAGGUACUGAGCAGCGACGACAGGAAAGAGAAUGCGUUGCAGACAGUGGGGACCGGGGAGCCCUGGUGCGACGUUGUCCUCGCUAUCUUAGCUGACGGCAGCAUUCUGCCAACGCUAGUGUUCUACAGGGGUCACGUAGAGCAGCCUGCCAAUGUGCCGGAGUCUAUUAUAUUGGAAGCAAAGGAGAAUGGGUACAGCGAUGACGAAAUCAUGGAGUUGUGGUCUUCUAGAGUAUGGCAGAAGCACACGGAGUGCCAGAACAGCAAGGGCAUGCUGGUGCUGGAUUGCCACCGAACACAUCUGUCUGAAGAGGUACUUUCCUUACUGAAUGCAUCCAGUACUCUGCCAGCUGUAGUCCCUGCUGGCUGCAGCUCCAAAAUCCAACCCCUGGAUGUGUGCAUAAAAAGGACUGUGAAAAACUUCUUGCAUAAAAAAUGGAAAGAGCAAGCCAAGGAAAUGGCAGACUCCACAUGUGACUCGGACAUUCUCCUCCAGCUGGUUUUAUGCUGGCUGGCGGAGGUUCUGGAAGUCAUUGGUGACUGUCCUGAACUCGUGCAGCAGUCCUUCCUUGUGGCUAGUGUGCUGCCUGGCCCUGAUGGCACGGCCAACUCUCCCACACGCAAUGCUGACAUGCAGGAGGAGCUGAUCGCCUCUCUGGAGGAGCAGCUGAAGCUGAGCGAUGAGCUGCAGGACGAAGAAGUUGGAUUCCAGGAUAGGACCCGUGCUGAAGAAUCUACAGACCCAGAAAUCCUCCACCAGCUCUUUGAAGGGGAAAGCGAGACUGAAUCCUUCUAUGGCUUUGAAGAUGCUGAUUUGGAUCUGAUGGAAAUCUGAGCACUAAUCUGAGAAUCAUGAUCCAGAAAGGGUUAUUUUUUAAAUAAAUGUUGGAUGAGACCAUUACACUUCCCUGUGGAUUUGUGGGAUUAGGAAAUUUGUAGGUGAUCACUCAGAUUAAUAGCCAUUUAUGCUGUUCAUUUAUAAGUUUUGUGCUUUUUUUAAAAAAAAAAAAAUCACUGUGUUGGUAUUUUCUGACGCUAUAUUGUGGGUGAAUAUUUUUGCGUUUUCUUUACCUCACUGUAUCAUAGUUUUCUGUUUUAUUGUGCAAAAAUGUUUUGAAUUAUACUACAUCGUCAAUGUGACCAUUUAUAAAGAAAGGAAAAAAAAUAUGUAGCUAAUGAACCAGUAUAUAAAUCUUUUGGUUGUCUUAACACAGAUUUUUUUUUUAUUAUUAUUAUUUUUUUUAACACUUGACCCAGAGAUUUAGGUUUCUGUAGUAACUUUAGAUAUGAAUUAUUGCUUUAAUGUGUGAAACCUUCUAAUAUUGGCCAUUGAGAUUUGGGUUUUUGUUUCUUUUUUAAAAAAGGAAAAAGAAGAGCAAUGACUUUGCUUGUGAAUCUUGACACGGGGUAAAACACAAGCGAUAGAAUUUUGCCUGUUCAAUGCCAGCAACGGUUCUUUGGAGCCAUUAGUAUUUGAACUGGGGUUGAACUGAGAUCUGUAUUUAGGGAGUUAGGUGCAGUGUUAAAGCCAGCCUCUCGUUUUUGAGUAGACUUCAUGACAACUGGAGAACACACUGUGUGAUGGUUUCAUUCCUCCACCCAAGAAACCAUCUGACGCCCACCCACCUUGCUCCAAAGAAUUACUGACAGAGGGUACAUGAUGGAAGAGACAAGCCAAGCCUGUCUUGAUCUUCCUGUACAAUAGAUGGAGCUAAAACUAUAUGGACCAUUAAACAACCUUUUUAAACUACUAGUAGUUGAUAAACCUGCUUUAACCAGUGGCAUCAGACACUACGUUCCUUAGAAUUAGAAAAUCUGAUUUCAUGAAACAAACUGUGAUGUGCACAAAAGGAAGACAUUUGUUUUUAUUUUUCACUGCCAGCUUAAAUUUUUCUACAAUUUGCAUGUUUGAGGGUUUUUAAUUGUAUGUAUUAUGGUAUAAACUGAAAGCAUUUUGACAUACAAAAAUCAGAAGCACCUGCACCUUUCUGUUUCCAUAAAGGUUUUUGAGAACCUUCCCUAUUACCUAAGGAAAGCAGGAGGCAGCAUGUGCAGACCUGUAAAUGGUUCAUCUUUAAAGUGUACAUAAGUGGAACAUUUAAUAAAACCAGGGAAAUGGA